GCUAGACAAGUACAGACCUGCUUGCAUCAAAUUCCCUGGUAGCACCGAUUUACGGCUAUUUUGCGCGUCUUGACUUGAGCACGUGCAUCGGAAGUUCUUUAGCCAGUGACUAACCCAGAAAGUACCUGGAAAAAAAAGAGCUUGUCUGCGGCGCGAACUACCAGCCCCUGCCUUUCGCGACAGACGUGAGCCUCAAGCGUCAUCUCCUAUCUACAAACUUCUCAGCUUCAAACCCGCACCGCGAGAUCGAAUAUUUAUCGCUAAUUUCUUAAUAUCAAUUAAAUUACGCGAUUCUGGGAGACGAAGCACUAAACACUCCAACGUCAUGAGCGACUUCGGUCAUUUCGGCUCCGAUGAGGAGUACGCAACUGUGCGCAAGCACAAUGCUGAGGUGGAGUCCGACCCCGAUAACUUCGAGCACUGGGAGAACCUCAUCAAAGCUUGUGAGACAUUGGAGGGUGGCUUGAAUCGCAACUCAAGUCCUCAAGCACUAGCAACCUUCCGCGAUGCCUACGACAGAUUCCUCAUUAAAUUUCCUCUGCUCUUUGGUUAUUGGAAGAAAUAUGCCGACAUGGAGUUCAACAUUGCCGGCCCCGAGUCUGCUGAGAUGGUAUACGAGAGAGGAUGCGCGAGCAUCACCAAUUCUGUCGACUUGUGGACGGACUACUGCUCCUUCAAGAUGGAGACGACCCAUGACCCACACCUCGUCAGAGAGUAAGUUCCAUUUGGAUGGUUUCCUUCCCCUUCCCUUAACAUGCCUUCUGGCGCAGUAUUCCCGCUUGACCUGAGUGGUCUCGGUCGACAUAUCCGCGAGGGCUCUACACUCUACUAUCAAAAGUGUCUGAUGGUGAGAUAUGCCUGCGAUAGCCCCUUUAGCCGGGACGCUUUCUCACGCUCCCUACCAGGCUCUGUUGAUGCUCAAUCCGUGCUCGUUCUAAACUCCAAAGUCGUCCCUGCGUUACACGUCACCCGCACCUGCUCGGUAGAACAUGAUAUCGGUUUUGCUACUCACUCGCACAACCAUCUUCCCCUCUGUAUUGAUCCUCUCCACCCUUUCCCCUGAGUUAUCCCUUCCGCAAUGAGCUCACUUGCUAACCUUUUUCUCUAGACUCUUUGAGCGAGGAUCAGCCUUUGUGGGACUCGAUUUUCUUGCCCAUCCUUUCUGGGACAAGUACAUUGAGUACGAAGAGCGUCAGGAAGCACAAGACAAAAUUUACGCCAUCCAUGCACGAAUCAUUCGCAUACCAAUGCACCAGUAUGCACGUUACUACGAGAGGUUUCGAUCGCUAUCCCACAAUCAACCCAUCACAGAGGUGGUGUCUGCCGAAGAUCUCUCACGUUUCAGGGCGGAGGUUGAGGCUGAAACAAUUGCUUAUGGCGGCGGUCCUAAGGCUGAGCUGGAGAUUGAGCGCGAUGUUCGUGCAAAGAUCGAUGCCAUGUACUACGAAAUUUUCACCGCGACGCAAACUGAGGUAUCGAAGCGCUGGACCUACGAAUCGGAGAUUAAAAGACCCUACUUUCACGUUACCGCUUUGGAACACAAGGACUUGGUAAACUGGCGCAAAUACCUGGAUUUCGAGGAAGCUGAAGGUGAUUUUACACGAACCGUUGCUUUGUAUGAGCGAUGUCUUGUCACAUGCGCUUAUUACGAUGACCUCUGGUUCCGAUAUGCCCGGUGGAUGAGUGGCCAGGAAGGCAAGCAAGAGGAAGUUCGCAACAUCUAUGCACGUGCUUCGACGAUGUUCGUGCCUGUUAGUCGACCAGGCAUUCGACUGCAAUGGGCUUACUUCGAAGAAAGUGCUGGCCGAGUUGACGUUGCUCUUGACAUCCACGAGGCAAUCCUUCUGAGGCUACCGGACUGCGUCGAGGUCAUUGUGUCAUGGGCCAAUGUUCAGCGACGACAGAACGGCCUUGACGCUGCUAUUCAGGUGUUUAAGGACCAGAUCGACUCUGCUACGGUAGACAUGUACACCAAGGCUGCUUUGGUUGCAGAAUGGGCUCUGUUGCUCUUGAAAGCCAAGGGUUUGGUGGAAGAGGCUCGCGGGGUUUUUGUGAAGAACGUACAGUGGUGUGCGGACAGCAGGUUAUUCUGGGAUCGAUGGUUCAAGUUUGAGUUGGAUCAGCCAACGAGCGCCGAGAAUGAAGCUCAACACAGUGAGCGCAUGAAGAAAGUAUUCGACGAGCUUCGAGAACGAAGCCGACUCUCCCCAUCAGUCAAGAAGGACUUGACCCAAGUAUAUCUCACGUACUUGGUCGAGAGAGGCGACAAGGAUGCCAUGAAGGUAUUCUUGCAAAUCGAUAGAGAAAUCUUUGGGUAAGUUGCUAUGCUCUCCGAUGCUAUUGAAUACUAACUAACAGUCUAAAGGCCAUCGUCGGUAGCCAAACUCUCUACAGGCAGCGGCAAGGAGAAUGGGGCUGCAAAGGGAGAGCUGGACGAGGCUAGCAAGCAGAGGGCCGAGGCCCAAUACUCUCAUUUCUACGAGACUCAUGGUGAACCAGACGCUGAUGCGCAGGGCAACGCAGACUUCAACUGAGGAUGAAAAAUAUGGUGGACUGAACUGGACGUGAAAGGUGUUCGAGGCGCUGGUAUCCAGGAGGACUUAAUCAAGUUGUGGGGCACUCGAGUUGUACUAUAAACGAAACGGCGCCCCUGCAUAUACAAUAGCAGAGGUGGCUUGGAUGAACCUGGAGGAUAAGGUACGGCUAUUCAGCAUAUUGCUGAGUCUUGGAAGUUGGAAGUUGCCUUAAUUUGGCGGGCAGAGAAUUAUUCUUGACGACAUAUCACAAGUUGUAGAAGAAAUCUAUAUAUAUCCUUGAGCAUGAAGCUGUUGAUGAGUGGAACAUUGAACUGGUGUCUGGUCCAGAUCUUGUGGGGUAACGAGCACUUGCAUUAGUUUCUUAUUAGGAGAAGCCAUUGGCAGCACUCGCCGACUUGAUAGAAAUGUUCUGUCUCC